AUGGAUUAUCUCCUGGCCAGGCUCUUGGAGCUCGAAGCCAUACCCCUGAGAGGGGUUAGGGCAUUCGUCUCUAACUGGGCUUCGGCCAUGGUAUCCAAUGACGCGGGGGUUGAAGGCAGCGGGAGUCCAGCGGCUGCUCAGGCACCCUUGGACUUCGCAAGGGCGAUCUUAAGCAUGGUGCUUCAUGCAGGGCUGGUACAUGGGAUGCCCAUUCGGCCUCUGCUUUGGUUAGCGAGUGCUCUCGCGGUCAUAUCUACUAAGAGGAAGUACCGGUUGGUGCGUAGCAUCGAGCUGGGCAACGAUCGCGACUACUUCGACGCCCUAUUUGAAGCCCUCAUUGCUGACACUGCUAUGGGGGGCGCAGGCUCGGCCACAAAUCGUUCACCUUCCAUCGCAGGAGCAGUAAGUCCCACUGGCGAUGGAGAACCAUCGUCCACGGCUUCGCACUCCCGAAGGCAGGCUCCUCUGAACGUGUUCAAACUCCCACUUGAAUAUACAGAAUUCGAAGGUCCGACGUCGGCCACACCCUACUCUGCCUUCAAGGGUGGUGUGCAGACGUCAAUCAGGUUCUAUGGUAUCGAUAACGAGCGAGACUGCAUGCUCUUCCUCUUCCGGCACAUCGGGAAGAGCUUGAGGUCCGAACUUAUCACACAUCUUGGGACAGCCCAACCGGCUCCGUCUGCUGUGUGGGGGUACCUCGACUCUCGGUUUCUCGAAACUGAUACAUCGGAGAAGGCCAGCGAACGCUGGGAGAGUCUCAAACAGAAUACUGGCGAGAAGGUUGAUGAAUAUUAUGCCCGCAUUAAGAGUGAAUGGUUGCUCUUCUCUCGUGUGUCCGGCGUCACCUUACCCUUGCCAUUUGUCUCUACCAAGUUCGUUGGGGGACUGCUCCCUGAGAUAAAGGCACCUCUAGAAACCAGCUGUGGACAUCUGCUGUCUAAGCUGCCCUUAGAGGAGGCUCGGGACGCGGCCCUAUACCAUGAAUGA